GACUGCUGCUAAAGCUGCUGCCCCUGCCCCCACUACUGCUGCUACAGCUGUUGGUCCCACAGCUGUUGCUGCUGCUGCCCCCACAGCUCCUGACCCCACUACUGCUGCUACAGCCGUUGGUCCCACUACUGCCCCCACAGCUCCUGACCCCAAUACUGCUGCUGCUACAGCUCCUGUCCCCACAGCUGCUGCUGCUACAGCUCCUGUCCCCACUACUGCUGCUGCUACAGCUGCUGCCCCCACUACUGCUGCUGCUACAGCUACUGCCCCCACAGCUGCUGCUGUCACAGCCGUGGCUCAGCAGCGACAGCUCCCGAGGAUCCGCUCACCAAUUGCCGGAGUUUACAAGUGAAAGGAAUCCAUGCAGGAAGCAAUGGCCUGAAGUCUAGUUACUAAGCAGAGCCUUAUCUCCAGGGGGCAAGGGGAUUUGCUGCUGCUGUGCUUAGCCUUCUGUCUGGGCUCUAGCCAUAGAGCCCUCAUGCCUAUGGGAGGCACCUGGUCACCAGGGGACAGAGCUUAGUCUUCAGUGGCAGGAGUCUCGUUGCCAGGGGGUGGGGGAAAGACGAGUGGAGUCUGGCAGGGGUCACGGGGCAGCGGGGUCACAUGACUCCGUUUGAGAAGCUCACGUGGGAGGCGCGCACGGAUGAGGUGGCGGUGAGGGAGUCGGUGCUGGGGAAGAGGAUCAGCUUCUACCGCAUCCGCGGAGAGAUCGGCUCCGGCAACUUCUCCCAGGUCAAGCUGGGGGUGCACCUUCUCACACGAGAGAAAGUCGCCAUCAAGCUCCUGGACAAGUCGCGCAUGGACGAGCGCACGCUGUGCCUCCUGUCGUGCGAGAUAUUGGCCAUGGAGCUGCUGCGCCACCCCAACGUGGUGCGCCUCUACGAGGUGGUGGACACCCCGUCGCGCCUGCACCUCGUCAUGGAGUACGCGCCGGGCGGGGAGCUCUUCACGCGCGUCUCCACCGUGGGGGCGCUGCCGCACGACGAGGCCAAGCUCGUCUUUGCCCAAAUCACGGCCGCCGUCAAGCACAUGCACGAGUGUGGGGUGGUGCACAGGGACCUGAAGGCUGAAAACGUGUUCUACGCUGGCAACUGUUGGGUCAAGGUGGGAGACUUUGGCUUCAGCACCACGGUCACCCCCAAUGAGAGGCUCAGCACCUUCUGCGGGUCCCCUCCGUACGCCGCCCCCGAGCUCUUCCGAGACCAAAGUUACCUCGGCCCCCAGGUGGACGUGUGGGCAUUGGGCGUCCUCCUCUUCUUCAUCGCGUCCGGGACUCUCCCGUUCCGCGCCGACACGGUCGGGAAACUUAAGCUCAGUAUCCUCGACGGCUGCUUCUCCGUGCCCCUGCGGGUGCCUGCCUCCUGCUGCAACCUCAUCACCACCAUCUUGAGGCCCUUGCCGGAUGAGAGGCCCACGGCUGCCCAGAUCCUGCGCAGUGAAUGGCUUCGGGGCAUCCACGCCCCCGAGCCCUACCCGCCUUACCCACUGGGGCCCAGAUACCUCUUACAGGAGGACCCGGAAUGCAUAAGGGGGGCGGCAGCAAUGGCUACUGAAGAGGUGGCCCCAGUGGAUGCUGAGAGGGUGGCAGAAGAUAAUCAAGCCGUGGAAGUAAUGGCGGACGACUCUAGGGUGGCGGCAACAAUGGUUGACAAUGCAAGGGGGGCAGCAGUAAUGACUGGUGAAAGGGCGGCCAAAACAGAAGUUAGGAGGACGUUAGUAAUGCCUGGAGAUACAAGACAGAGAGGAGUAAUGGCCGCUGAAGGUCCAGCCACAAUAGACACUGUGAGAGCUGCAGUCAUCGCGACAGACACGAGAGGAGCGGCACAAAUGACUACCAAAGAGGCGGCCGUGACAGACUCAGGAGUGGUGGCACCAACGCCUAUCACUGACGACACAGUGGCUACAGAAACAAGACUGGGGGUCACGGCAGGCUCCGCAAAAACCGUGCCUUCUCCCUCAUCCUCCUCUCUGCGGCCCUCCUGUUCUCUACUCGCCGAGGAGCUGCUCGAGGUGCGUGAGCUGCUCGAAGAGCUGGGGAUAACGAGCGACGUCGUGAGGAAUAACGGCGAUGAUGGCGACGCCCGCAGCUGCGUGACGGGGACGUACCGUAUCGUGCUGCACCGCGUGCAGCGCCGCCGUCGCCCCGAGGGCCCGGUGUUCCCCGUCCUCGCCGAGGAAAGCCGCCGGACCUUGCCCAACGGCAUUGGCGUCGACGGGGCGGCAAGCAGUGGCGUGGCCGGCGGGGUGGCGAUGGCGGCAGGGAUCGCGCUGGCAGCAGCGAGGGCCGGGGGACGACGGCUUUACCGUGACACCCGUGACCGGGUGGCCGUAGCCCAGCGGUCAAAACUGUGCGCUAUUUUGUAGUGCGGGGUGGGGGGGAGGUAAUGGCGAGAUGGAGAGAUGGAGGAGAGCCUGGGUGGCACAGCUGCCAGUUGGAAAGGGCUCCGAGUUUAAAUCGUGAAUGGAAGUGGAAUCGUUUUACUCAUUGAGGAUGUUGCUAGUAGUGGUUGUGGUCAUUUUGAAAAUGAUGAAAGGAUGCUGCAACUGAAGAUGAUACCGAUGAUGAUUCUGCUACUACUGGCGGUGGUGGUGACACAAUGGGUUGAGAUCUCUGACCAGAAUUAUAUUUUGUGACCUUCCGAUUGUGAGUCAAGCAUUUAGACCAGAGCAACACUAGGGCAGACAUUGCUAUUAAAGAGAUUAUACGUUGCUAUGUACAUAAUUACUUGUCAAUUGUUAUCCAAGUACACAACUUUGCUUGUAACAGCCUUUACAGGAGCAGUCUUCAUUGUUCGGGGUGAAGUGAGGACUUAUUCUGUUAGGAUUCAGAGACUUAUUGGAUUGCAUUUCUAAUAUAUGCAACCUUUUUGACCUCGGUAAAAAAACAUAGCUUCCCACUAAUUGCAACAUUAUAUUCGUCAGUUGUAGGUGAGGAGUGAAUGUGUUCGGCGAGUGUACGUGUGGCGAGUGUCCAGUAUCAUGGACUGCUAGCCGUCUUAGGUGAGUGUUGAGUGGGAACUAUUGUGAGUUGAGAGCGUUUAGUCGUGUGGUGUUUAACGAGGCUCAAGUGAGUUGUUAUUUGGUGAGUAGUAGCAUCAGCAGUAGAGGGGGCCAGACUAGCACUGGGGUUGGGCCAAUGGGGUGCGGGAAACACAAAAGGAUCAGGGCUGGGAGGGGACAGGGUAGAUCUAAUGGGGAAGAAUCACUCCAUUUUGAGGACAGGCUUCCACCGAGUUAUUAUAAGAGAUUAUAUAUUAUUUGGGUCUUUCGGAAAAGCCACGUAGAUAGAAGAAAUACAAAUAAUAUCACGACGUUUCGAUCACAACAAGCAAUCAUCAGGUGAAAAAUAUAGCGGGAGAGCUGCUGAGAAUAUUAUGGUGGGAGCCCUGCUAAGGCCGGGAGUUAUAAAGGUUUGAGAUGGGCGUAGCCCAAGGGUUAGUGAGCGGGGCUAGAGAUGAAAUUUGCAUGUCAAUGUAAGAUAGGAGAAAUCUAGACAAACGAAGCUAUGGGGUGGCCAUUGUAUUAUGAGGGAUUAGCAUGCCAAUGUAAGAAAUUUGCUUGUCAAUGUAAGCUCGGAGAGAGCUUGGCAAGAGCUAUCGCUACAUGGAGGUGAAAAAGGAUGGCAAGCCGCCAUUUACAUUCACUAACACAGC